AUGUUUACCCUCACAGAAACUUCAACGGCUCUUAACACAAGCUAUCUUAGCCAUAAUAAAAACACUGCUUCAAUUGACGAAUCAUAUUUAUCACCCAUGGCACAAAUCAAUAAUUAUACUCUUCAAACGUCUACAUCUCGUGCAUCUGAAAACUCAUCAAGACGACGAUCUAUUGCAUCUCAACAAGAAUCGUCUAGAAAAUCUUCAGAUCAAUUACUACCGUCACACAAUAUUGCAUCAACAAAUAUCAUUCCAUCAAAGAAAUCUUCUGGUUGUUUUCAUAAAUUUCAUGAUGAUAAUGAUGACGAAAAACUUUCUUUUUCUGAGACCGCUUCACCUAUAUCAGAAUCUGGAAUCCUGGACUCUACUUCCACUGUACCUGAUUUAUCAAUCACAAAUAAUCUUAAUUCUGUACAUAUAGUUCCAAAAAUUUCUGUUAAUGACAUUUAUAAUACUCCUGAAAAUAUUGGUGGUCAUACUUCUUUUUUUAGAUUUUCUCAAAAAGCUGUUUGCAAACCUUCUGUACCAAGAGAACAUUAUUUUUAUGAACUUAUUGAUAAGUAUCACCCCGAACUUUUACCUUUCAUUCCUCAAUAUUUGGGGGUUGUUAAUGUUAAUAAUCGUACUCAUGAUGUGAACAAUAAAAUACCUUCAGUAUCUAGUACUUUAAGUUUAGGUUCUUCAAAAAUUAAUCAAGAUUUAAAAAAUGAAGUUUUGCGUGAGGUAUUUUCACCUCGAGUUUUACGUGCUAGAAUGCGACAAAUUCAAGCUUUACAAAAAGAUCCAGUUAGAAGAAGGCAUUCAAUGACCAAUGUUACCUCUUUUAGGAGAAAGUCUAAAUGUAAAACUCCUGAAAUAUCUGAAACUUUUGAUUCAUCUUGUGAAAAGAAAAAUGUUCCUUCUUCUAGAGGAUUCUCUUCACUUGACAUUUCAUCACCUAGACCUGUUAAAGAUCAUGAUGUGAAAAAGGGAAGGCCAAAUUCUUAUCCAAAGUCUACUUCACAUAUCGAGUUUUCUCACGAUCAAAUGACUCCUGAUAUCCACUCUGAUUUUAAUAUGAAAGAUAUAGAAUAUUCAUCAUCAUCAUCAUUACAACCUACUAUGAAUUCACAAUAUUCUACAAAUGCAAAUUCUAAUGAAGAACUGGUCACUCUUCCACAUUCACCAAAUAAUCCUUGGUCUUUACGUUGUUAUUCGUUACAAAAAUCAAAUCAAGAUCCUAAUAAUGUACAACAAUUCAUUAUUCUUGAAGAUCUUACAGGUGGAUUGAAAUAUCCUUGUGUUUUAGAUUUAAAGAUGGGUACAAGACAAUAUGGUAUUGAUGCGAAUCCAAAGAAACGUGAAAGUCAAAUAAAAAAAUGCGCAGAAACCACGAGUAAAACUUUGGGUGUUAGGAUCUGUGGCAUGCAGGCAAGUGUUUAUAAAUCAACAACAAAACAAGUUCAUUUUCAAGAUAAAUAUUAUGGUCGCUCUCUAAAUAAUGAAACUUUCUUUAGUUCAUUAGUCGAUUUUAUUCAUAAUGGGAAAGCACUUUUAGUACAUCAUAUUCCCGUCAUUCUUCGUAAACUUCGACGUCUUGCAAAAAUAAUCCGUGGACUUUCGAACUACCGAUUCUAUGGAAGUAGUUUAUUGCUUAUUUAUGAUGGCGAUGAGAGCAAUCCAAGAGAUAUAGACGUUAAAAUAAUUGAUUUUGCUCAUUGUACGACGGGCAAAGAUUAUUUACCUGAAGAGUAUAAAUAUCCACCGCAUGAAGGUUACGAUAAAGGAUACUUAUUAGGGCUUAAAAGUUUAUGCCAAUCUUUUGAGAAAAUUUAUAAAAACACUUAUGGUAUUAAACCUGAAGAUGUUGGUGAAGAAGAAGAAGGCGUUUUUUCAGAAAUCUGCGAAGAUACAUGA